UCCCCGGAUUGACGUGAGCCUAGCUGGCGGACACCCACCUCCUCCCUUCCUCUGACACGCACGCGGCCAUGUCCGAACCUGAGUUGCAGCUGGUGGCGCGGCGCAUCCGCAGCUUCCCCGACUUCCCCAUCCAGGGCGUGCUGUUCAGGGAUAUCUCGCCCGUCUUGAAAGACCCGGACUCCUUCCGAGCUGCCAUCCGCCUCCUGGUCAAUCACCUGAAGUCCACGCACAGCGGCAAGAUCGACUACAUCGCAGGUCUAGACUCCAGGGGCUUCCUGUUUGGUCCUUCCCUAGCUCAGGAGCUGGGCGUGGGCUGCGUGCUCAUCCGGAAGCGUGGGAAGCUGCCGGGCCCCACUCUGUCAUCCUCCUAUGCUCUGGAGUAUGGGAAGGCUGAGCUGGAAAUCCAGAAAGAUGCCAUAGAACCCGGGCAGAGAGUGGUCAUUGUGGAUGAUCUUCUGGCCACUGGAGGAACCAUGUGUGCGGCCUGUGAGCUGCUGAACCAGCUCCGCGCUGAGGUGGUGGAGUGUGUGACCCUGGUGGAGCUGACCUCCCUGAACGGCAGGGAGAAGCUUGGACCUAUACCAUUCUUCUCUCUCCUGCAGUAUGAAUGAGGAGUCAGCAAGGUGGCCACACCCCUUAGUAACUAACUGCACUGCCUGGUGGCUCGCACCUAAGUGACCUUUUGUGAGCUACCAGCUAUUCUUUUGUCAAUGUAUCGCUCAUUCCGCUGGUCAACUGAUUGCCGUGCCUUUGGACCUCCUGGAUCCUUGCGUUUUUUUGUACACGAGCCAAACUCUGGAGUAGCACAGAGCUGCACUACUGGAGAUCAAUAAACGGUUUUGAUACACGC